GGAGGCUUCGCCCUUAGCGUCGAUUUUGCCCAGGCGCUCGGCCUUCUCUGUCCCCUGCCCCCAGUUUUCGCCCUCCCCAGCCCAUUUGGGGUCAAGACUGCCUUUAGGAUGCCCAUCAGGCCCCGAGGGCUGCGGACCGAGAGCGGACACCUGGAGGCGCUGGCUCUCCGCCCCCGUCGUGGCCGCUCCUGUCCCUGGUCUCUAGGGGGCUCCCGCGCUCUCGUCUCCAGCCCUGUGCCCCUCUCGGUUGCAGUUGGCUUGGAUGCCGCUGGCAAGACCACGAUCCUGUACAAACUGAAGUUGGGGGAGAUUGUCACCACCAUCCCCACCAUAGGCUUCAACGUGGAGACCGUAGAAUAUAAGAACAUCUGCUUCACUGUCUGGGACGUCGGAGGCCAGGAUAAGAUUCGGCCUCUGUGGCGGCACUACUUCCAGAAUACUCAGGGCCUCAUCUUCGUGGUGGACAGUAACGACCGGGAGCGGGUCCAGGAAUCGGCGGAUGAGCUCCAGAAGAUGGUGAGCCCCCAGCGCCCUGGACCGGAGCCCUCCCAGGGCACAGCGGAUCUCUGUGCUGGGGUGGGGUCUAGGGAGGGCAUAGACACAUUGUUUGUCUCCCCUGCCUCGGUCUGA